GACACAGACCUUGCGACGCCACUGGCCUUCAUUGGAGAGUUCCCUGGCGACGUUCUCUCCUUUCGUGCUCUUUCCCGUACGUCGAAGCGAUAACUUUCUCGGAGCUCGCUCGCGACUGUCGGUCAUUACGGAUUGUAUACUGCACGAGUGCACACGGUCAUGGCUUCUGGUCAUGGGUAUAGCCUUCUCGUCCUGCUGGCGGCACCGCUGCUUGGUACGUGUCAGCUACAGCUAAGCGACGGUUGCAAGGUGGAGACCCUGCGAGCCUGUGGAGAAGACUUCAUUCCGUAUACGAAGGGCCCGCACCUGCACGAGUCUGGGGCAGAGUUCGACGAAGGAUGCAAGAGGGACAAGGUGCAGAUUCCGUGCACACUGAAUUUCAUCAAUCAGUGCACGGGGGGUCUGUCCCGAGCUGCGGCACUGGUGGCUGUGAAGGCGCUGGAAGAAAACAUCGAGGCUGUCUGCAACGUGGACUCGGACCCAUAUAAAGAAUACCAGAGAGGUAUCAAGUGCAUGAAUUCUCAUGGUGCCGGAAUCCACAAGUGCAUCAAGGGAUUCCACAAUACCCUGGAACAGGCCAUCAUCAAGGGUCCCGCGAAAGAAACCAUUCACUAUACUUGCUGCUCUUACUACAACACGCUGGAUUGCAUCGCUAAGACCCUCGAACCAUGUGAGAGCGUCGGCUCUAAGGAUUUCAUGGUCGGAGUCAUCGAGCAGAUGUUCGGCGAGACACUCAACCUGGUCUGCGGCAGCUACACCAAGGGUUCGCAAAGCUGCGAGUCUCUGCCGCAGCUGUCACAGCUGGGCGCCAAGGAUCGGCGUAUUGGCAGCAUUGUUGAACUCCUCUUGGAAGCAGCCGGCACUAUCGGGCGCAAAAACUAGCGGCUUGCGCAACUUAUUUCAUUGCGGCUUUAUGUAUAGGCGUGGUAAAGGACAGGCCUAAUUCAAGCGUGUGAAACAUCUGCUGAAUAAUUGUUCAGCAUUGCUGCGAAAUUGCCUCUUAAUAGGCAGUUUCAGAAUGGGGUACACCAAGCUUUGUGUUUGCGUUUGCUGCCACGGCUCAUGCGUCAAGCGCUAACCUCUUGGUUAAGCACAUUAUAUUUUGCAAAUACGCAGUUAACCAAGCAAAGCAAACGCUACUAACUCUAUCAUAAAACUCUCGAAUGACUUGAGAUAUUGCAGCAAGAUCGUGCAAACUUCCUGUAAAUUCCAUCAUCGCAGAAGUGCACCAAAUUUUCUAACUUGUAGUGAUACUAAAUAAAUUUUCACGCUCAUCACAUUCUGUCAGUGGAGCGACGUCACCUCCUUACCCCUACUUCCAGCGAUGAUGUAUACGACUAGUUUCUAGCGGAUCGCAUCCGCGGGCAAAUGGCGCGGAGAAAAAAAAAACAUGGCUGGUCCUUGCGUCAUAGGAAACGGUAUAACACAAAAGUAAGUUGAAAUUGUGUCUUCAUAGAAGUAGUGCUUAUUGUGCAGUCAUAUAUGAGAGCUUGUACAAUGUCUAUUCGGUGUUUGGCAGCUAUAGCGCCGUUUGACGAGGAUGUAGCCAUGUUAACGCCUAGUGGCAUGUCUCCAUCACGAAAACUAACGACCACGAUCAUGAUUAAACCGUUAUGCUAACUCAAGCUGUGAUCGUAUAUUUGGACACAGCGAAUCGUGAAUCCCUAGUAAAGAUGACGUCGACAAGCUCAUAAUCAACACUGGCACCCGAUAUGUACUUCUUCAAAACGUCGACACUUAAGGAGAGAAACGGCACGGUGUGCGCUUUCUAGUAAUGGGUAACCAACGCCAGUGCGCUUGCAUACACUACUACACUGCGCU